AUGCCUCCCAUCAGACCACAAAAGCUCACCAAAGCUAUACCCUCUCUUCACACCUUCCUUAGCCUUUACAGUCACCUUAAACACCUUCUCCUCCCCGAUUUUCUCGAAUUCCAGCACGUUCGGCUCCACCGACACCCUAAAACCGAGCGGGUGGCGAAUGCGCACGGUAUACUUGGCGGGCCGGCCCACAUUCUUCACCUUCCGUGCAACCGUGACAGAACCAUUCACUUUAGGGACUUCAAGCACGCUGUAGUCAUUCGGGCAGUCAUAGUGGGAGGUGGUGAAAUGGGCCAGUUUGGUCUCGUUACCAGGCCAGGGUCCUGGGCCCGAUUUGGCCUGAUGUGGCCCGACCCGUAUGCAAAAGGCGUGGCCUUUUCGUGGCUAGAAUCGGAUAAUGGCUUACCGGUGUUGUCACGAGUUCUUGCUGUGAAGCCCACAACACCCGAAACAUGGGGACACGACAUGGAAGUCCCGGACAUUACUGUGAAAGGUGUCCUGCGGUGGUCAAAGUCCAACUCUGUCGGGCUUGUUGCCUCGAAAAAAAAAAGUGAAAAAAACCUUGAGGAUUUCCGGGGUGAUGGUAUUGGGUCCCCUGGACGAGAAGGCGGCCAUAAAAGGUGCCGGUUUCGUAUUCAGCAGCGCCUUUGGAGCAUUAAUAAGACCUUGUGGAUACCUGAAAGCACAAAUUUUGUCGAUGUAAGUAAAGUAAUACAUAUAUAA